GGUUUUCGCGGCGCUGCCGCCGUCGUCGUGCGGCUCGGCGAGCGCCUCUCGUUGCACCCGCGGGGCAGCAGCCGGUAACGCCAGCGAGGCGCUGCGGCCGCGCUCCGCUCCCGUUGCGGGCGGUGCGUGCGCGGCUUCGCGAGGUCGCAGCAGCAGCAGCAGGAGGCGGCGGUGGUGGUGGAGAGGGAGGUCUCCCUCCCUCCCUGCGGCACCAUGAAAGCCGUGAGCCCCGUCCGGCACCCCAGUCGCAAGGCGCAGCCCGGCGUGGCGGGCGGCGGCGGGGGGCACCCAGCCCUGCGGUGCCUGGCCGAGCACAGCGGCUGCAAGGGGGGCCCGCCGUCGGGCGAGGAGCCGGCGGCACUCUGCCUGCAGUGCGAUAUGAAUGACUGUUACAGCCGGCUGAGGAAGCUGGUGCCCACCAUCCCGCCCAACAAGAGGGUCAGCAAAGUGGAGAUCCUGCAGCACGUCAUCGACUACAUCCUCGACCUGCAGCUGGCUCUGGAGACGCACCCAGCGCUGCUCCGGCAGCAGCCGCCGCCGCCUGCCCUGCACCCGGGCAGCUGUCCCGCGGGCACCCCCAGGACUCCGCUGACAGCCCUCAACACUGACCCGGUAAGAGGCAGGCUCUGUUAACAAGCCCGGGGACAGCAUCCUCUGCCGCUGACCGCCGCUCCCCAGGUGUGCGGCGGUGCCGCGCCGCGCAGAGGCAACGGGGGGCGGGCGGCGGCGGGAGGGGGCCCGGCCCGGCCCCGCCGCACCGGAGGAAGGAACCAUCCAACCCCCCCGAGCAGUUCCCAUGCUUCACCCCGCAGAGCCGAGCCUUUUCACCAUUUUGCACGUCCGUAGCGGUCCCCCACCCCACCCCCCGUGGUUUUUCCCCCCCCUCCCGGGUUCCGUCUCUUCUCGUCGUUCCCGGCCAGCCGUGAGCGGCAGCGUGUCCCGCGGUGGCAGCAGGAAAAGUUGCGACUCUGCCCCGGGAUAGAGGACCGAGCCUAAACCAGACUUUAGAAACCUUGUAACUCUUAAGGGACCGAGCAGCCGAAUCUUGAAGCUUUACUAAUCUACCAGAGCAUUUGUAGAUAUAUUUGACAUCUAUUGUUUAAAAUAGAUGGAUUUUAUUGGGGCCCAGGGAACUUUCUUCUCCCUGCAGGAGUGUUACAUAUUGUAUAGACAAAUGAGUGACAUUUCAUACUGUGUAUAUAUAGAGAUGUUCUAUAAGUGUGAGAAAAGUAUAUGCUUUAAUAGACUACUGUAAUUAUAAAAUAUUUUUAAUUAAAUAUUUUUUUGUAAAUAUUAUAAA